UUUCUAUGCUUCAAAUUACUUUCUACAUGCCUCCAGGAGUUGUUCCAACAAUUAAACAACAACAAUUGGAUGAUUGGCAAAGGGAUCUGCUUGUUCACACAACAAUAUAUAAUCCUGAAUCUUCUUCUCCAACGCAAUACAAAGUCACUCUUCGUUCUUUUGAAUUUUGUCUUAAUGGUCUUUAUAUGGUUCGCUCUACUCUUUUGGGUUUUAAGAGAUCUGUGCAAACAGUUAAUUAUGACUUUAUGAAGUUUACAAAGUUUUUAAUUCCGUAUACUGUCUUCUCCGAUUCAAAACUUUUUUAUCCGCUCUACUCAGUCGACGACAAAACUUUGAAUUGGCCGAGUAAGGAUUUCUUUAGCAACUUCUAUGGCGGUCCAUAUUAUACUCCACCAGCGGUUGGAGAGAAUCAUGAAGAUGACAAAACUGGCGGUAUAUUAUGUUUUAAUUUAUUUUUAAAAGAGUGGUGUCAAUUAGUGAUGCGGGGGUUCCAGUUCCUGAACUGGAAGAACCGAUAA